UGGCCUUUUCUUCCUUACUCUCCGUACCGAAUUCGCAUCACUGAUCCUCUCAUUCUUCUCCUCCUUUCACUUUCUUCCAUGAAUACGAUGGCUUCGGCAGCAGCAGCAACAACAACCGGAGCCCCAGACAAAACGGUCAUCGGCUACCCGGCUUUGUACAACCACGUCGCAGCCGGUUACCCAGCCGCCGGGACAGCCUACCAGUGUGCGGUCCCACCUCCUUCCUCCUACCCACAAGCCUACCGUACUGUGGGCCCUCGCCAUAGCGGCAGUCGGCCGUCCUUCCUCUGCCGUCUCAUCGCUGCCAUGACCGUCCUGUUCGCGAUCCUCGGCCUAGUCUUCUUGAUCACCUGGCUCGUCCUCAAGCCCCGCCUACCGGAGUUCCGGGUCGACUCGGUCUCUGCCUCCCCUCUCAAUACGACUCGCUCCCAGUUAACCGCCGCGUGGAACAUAACCCUCGUGGUCCGUAACCCCAACACCAAGCUCAGCAUCUACUACGACCGUUUGCAGGCCUCUGUUGUCUACAGGGACGGGUCCCUAAUCAGUACGAUGCCGUUACCGCCCUUCUUCCAACCGAAGAGGAACGAGACCCGGGUCAGGUUCCAACUCGGCGUGGUAGGUCAGUACGUGGGUGAAGACGUGGCGACAGAGAUUUCGGACGAGAGAGCUGGUGGGUCGGUGGGAUUCGGGGUCACAGUGUUUGCUUGGAUGAGGUUUAGGACUGGAUCUUGGUGGAGAACGAGUCAAAGUCUGCUUCGGGUUUACUGCGAUCGGGUUCAAAUCGGGUUCGACCCGAGUAAAGCUUCCGGAUCUUUGACGAGUCAACCCGGGUCUUGCGAGGUUGAUCUUGAGUAGCAGACUAGUAGUUACUACAUAAAGGUUCAAAUAGUAUACCAUACUUCUGUCUUCUGCGAUAGACAUUGUUAUUGUUUUAAAUUAAUGAGAUAAAAACAUAAAAUUAGACAGCA